AUGUUGUCUAUUGUUAGUAACAAACGUUUCAUUUCAAUUGGUAUUAUCCUCACUUUUAUAACAUUAUUUGCAAUAUUUUACAUCGGUUUUUCUACGAAACAUUAUGAUACUGUUUUUCAAAAUAUUCGACUUAACCUCAGUAAAAAUCAUACUCAUAUAAGAUCACCACGCAUAUGCUGUUUAAUAGUGACAUCACCAAACAGUUUUCUUACACGUACAAAAGCUAUAAAUGAAACUUGGGCACCACGAUGUGAUCGUUAUUUUUUUAUAACAGAAUAUUCUCGAGAAACAAUGACACAUGAACAAAUUACAUUUGCAGAAAAAAUACCUAUUGCACCAAUUAAAGGUAUUAUACCUGGUUAUGACCAUCUAACGCAAAAAUCAGUAUUAGCUUUUUUAUAUACAUAUGAAAAUUAUUUCGAUGAUUUUGAUUGGUUUGUCAAAGCAGAUGAUGAUACAUAUUUGAUUGUUGAAAAUUUGAAAAAAUUUUUAAGUGAACAAAAUACAUCGGAACCUAUUACAUUUGGAUAUAACUUUAAGGUUAUCGUUUCAAAAGGGUACCAUUCAGGUGGAGCAUCUUAUGUGCUAAGUCGAGAAUCAUUACGACGAUUUUAUGAAGCACAUAAAGAUUCAACAUCAAAUUGCCGUAAAGAUGGUGGUAGUGAAGAUGUUGAAAUAGCUAAUUGUCUUCGUACAAAAGGUGUCUAUCCAGGUAAAUCACUCGAUAAACAAAAUCGUGAAUUAUUUCAUCCACUUCCAUUUGUUGAACAUUUUCUGGGUUCUUUUCCUGAUUGGCUUGCAACAUAUGCUGAAAAUCCACUACGAAGUCAUUAUGAUUGUUGCAGUGAUGAAACUAUAUCAUUUCAUUAUGUUAAACCUGAAGAACAAUAUCUUAUGGAUUUUCUACUAUAUAGAACUCAUCCAAAACCAAACAUAAUUUAG